AUGGUGUACAUACGACAGGACAAGCUCCCGCGGCUGAAGGAGUACAAGUACUCGGGCGUGGACCAUUCGCUGGUUUCGCAGUACAUCAUGAAACCAUUCUACACCCACGUCGUCAUCAAAUGUUUUCCCAUGUGGAUGGCGCCCAACCUGAUCACUCUGACUGGCUUCAGCUUCGUGGUCAUGAACUUCUUGACCUUGCUGUGGUAUACACCGACCCUCGACCAGGACUGUCCGUCGUGGGUGUACUACAGCUGGGCCGUCGGCCUGUUCCUGUACCAGACCUUUGAUGCCGUCGAUGGCUCCCAGGCCCGCCGAACCCGCCAGAGCGGCCCGCUCGGUGAGCUCUUUGACCACGGCGUCGACGCUGUCAACACCUCUCUCGAGGUCCUGAUCUUCUCCGCCGCCAUGAACCUCGGCCAGGGCUGGAAGACGGUCAUGACGCUCUUCGCGAGCCUGCUCACCUUUUACGUGCAGACGUGGGAGGAAUACCACACGCACACGCUCACCCUCGGCUUCGUCUCCGGGCCCGUCGAAGGUAUCCUCACGCUCUGCGUCAUCUUCGGCCUGACCGGCUACCUCGGUGGCGGCAGCUUCUGGAGCCGCAGCCUGCUCGCCUCCAUCGGCGUGGUCAACAAGCCCGCCUGGCUGCCGGAGCUGCUGUACAACAUGGCGUGGACGGAAUGGUACAUGGUGUACGGCGGCAUCAUCCUCGUCUUCAACACCGUCAGCGCCUCGCAGAACGUCAUCGCCGCGCGCCGCGAGCGCGGCCAGCGCUCGCGCGGCGCCAUGCUGGGCCUGCUGCCGUUCUUCACGGCGUGGGCGCUCAUCCCGACGUACCUGUACCUGCAGCCCGUCAUCCUCAACGCCCACCUCGUGCCCUUCGUCUUCUACGUGGGCCUCAUCAACGCCUUCUCCGUCGGCCGCAUGAUCACGGCGCACCUGUGCAAGUCGGCGUUCCCGCGCACCAACAUCCUCGUCCUGCCGCUCACCUUCGCCGUCGUCGACAGCCUCGGCCCGUGGAUCCGCGAGACGUUCGCCAACGCCCACAUCGACGGCUUCGACCUCAGCGCCCUGCGCAACGCCGGCUGGCCGAGCGCGCUGGGCGACGGCGUCUACCAGGUCGCUUUCAUCUUCAUGUGCUUGGGCUUGGCCAUCGGCGUGUACGGCAGCUUCGUCGUCGACGUCAUUUGGACCAUCUGCGAUUAUUUGGACAUCUGGUGCUUGACGAUCAAGCAUCCUCACACGGAGGAGACGGAGAAGAAGGAGAAAUAG